AUGGCCAUCAUGAAAUACGCUAUUCCCGCCAUCGCUGCGGCCCAGGUCGCCCUCGCUGCCAGCUGUGGUAGCAGCGGCAGCACCAUCAAGAUCGCCAGCCAGAGCGAUGCCGACAGCUACGCCACUUGCACGAAGCUCACCGGUGACGUUGAGAUCAGCGAGAACUUCUCUGGUGACCUGAGCAUCAACGGUCCCUACGAGAUCACCGGUGGACUCUCCAGCGAUGGCGCCAGCAACCUUACCUCGCUCACCUCCACCAGCCUUUCCACGAUCGGUGACACCUUCAAGCUGAACGGUCUGACCACCCUGACCACCCUCAGCUUGACCAAUUUGAGCAGCGUCGGUGCCAUCUCCUGGACCGCCCUCCCUGAGCUCCAGUCUCUCGACUUCACCAAGGGUGUCUCCGAGGCUGGCGAUGUCGAGAUCACCAACACCGGUCUUACCAGCUUGGACGGUAUCUCCCUCAAGAGCGUCGGCACUUUCGAUAUCACCGAGAACACCAACUUGAAGACCGUCAACGUCAACGACCUGACCAACGCCACUGGUCUGAUCAACUUCGCGGGUAACCUGGACUCUCUCCAGAUUAUCCUUCCCAACCUUGCCGGUGGCACCAACAUGACCUUCCGCAACGUCAGCGCUGUCUCUAUCCCCUCCCUCAAGGAGCUGAGCGGACAGCUCGGCUUCUGGGGCAACACUUUCUCCAACUUCAGCGCCGCCAACCUCACCAGCACUGGUGAUCUCGUCUUCGACGACAACUCCGACCUUGCCAACAUCAGCAUGCCCGUCCUCAAGACCGUCAACGGUGGUUUCCAGAUUGCCCGUAACGACAAGCUCGAGGAGAUCUCUUUCCCCGACCUUGAGACUGUUACUGGUGCCAUUGACUUCAGCGGUGAAUUCAACUCUGUCUCUCUCCCCGCUCUCGAGGAGGUCAAGGGUGGUUUCAACGUCCAGAGCACCGGUAACCUGACCUGCAGCACGUUCGAGAAGCUGCACAGCAGCAACGUCAUCCGUGGUACCUACAAGUGCACCCAGACCUCCCACCCCACCACCAAGGACGGAUCCUCCGGCACCACCACUUCCACCAGCAGCACCAGCUCUGCUUCUUCCACCUCCACCGACAGCGCCUCCGUCAUGAACAUUGUCAACGUCCCCGCCAUGGGUGCCGCUGCCAUCUUCGGUGCUUUCGUCCAGUACCUUUUGUAA